ACCGUUAAUGGACCUGGUUUGAGGGCUUCAACGGGCUUCUGGACCGAGUCAACGUUGCGAAGGCCGACACUGAAGCUGCUCUGGGACGAAUCGGCAGCAACACCAACGAGCUGGACGACGCCCUCAAUGCGCUGAAAGGGUUCGACAAGCAGAUUGACAGUGGUCGAGCUCAGGCCAAAUCCGCCAUCAGGCGUCUUCCUGGGAUCAACGCCACCAUCCAGCAGGCCGUUAGCAACAAUGUGGAGACGCUGUCUGUCCUCGGAGACGUGUCUGAAGAUUACAACAGCGCUCUGGGAACCGUGGAUGAGCUGCAGGGCCUGGUCAGCAGUGUGGAGGGAAUGUUCGGGUCGAUGCCGUCUAAUGUCGGCCUGCUGAGUGACGCCACCAAACUGAGCAGCGAGGCGGAGGACCUGAAGACGAAGGCGCGCGACUUGACGAGAGACGUGAAGGUUGAGCUGGAUGACGCCAGGAAUCUGGAGGCUGAAGCAGAGCAGGCUGCCAUAGGAGCGGAUGCCGCUUUCAGCAACGCCGGACGGACCAGAGACGCCGUGGGUAAAACACUCAGAGAUAUCAGCCGCCUGCUGGACAACAUGAACCAGCCCGGGACGGUGGAUGAAAGUCGCCUGAAGCAGCUGGAGGCGUCUCUGGCCGACGCUCAGAGAGACGUGGAGGCUCAUCUGAGGCCUCGCUUCAGGGACAUGGAGCAGCAGGAGGACGCACUGCGUCGCCGGCUGACCACCAUCAACCUGGACAUCGACACCAUCCAGAGAGACAUCAAAAACCUGGAGGAAAUCCUGUCUAAAAUCCCCCCCGGCUGCUUUAACAGCCCCCCCAUCGAGGAGGCCUGAGGCUUGUGAUUGGUCCAUAAACAGUUGCAUCACCACAGGGUCCUGGUGAACGAGUCCUCGUGAAAUAUAAAACAGUAUAAACAUAAAAAAUGUUUUUUUUCAGAAGCAGAAAAAACUUGUUUUGAUUUUGCACUUAUCAACAGAUUGUUCCUCUUUAAUGAAAACGAUACAACAGAUUAAAAUAUAUUUUUCUGUUUGUAAUUUCGACCUGUAUUUUUCUGACGUCUGAAUGUUUGAUAUUUAUAUCUGUACAUAUACUUUUUGACUCUUUCACAUUUCACAG